UCUCCGGCCGCUGCCUCCCUCCGGGCGCCCGCCCCAGCUGCCGCCCGCAGGCUCGCCUGUGCAGCCGUGAUGCCCCGCGGUCCGACCCCGGCCCGGGUCGCCGGCCCACCGGGUAAUUAGCAUUCGUGCGCUCUAAGCGCGCUGCCGCCAGCGCCGCGCCCCGAAGCAGCGAUGGGCAACACCGUGCACAGGACGCUGCCAGACUCGAGCCCCCCAGCGCGCCUUCUGGCCACCCGGCCGUGCUGUGGGCCUGGCCUUGAGCGGCGCCCCAUCCUGGGCGAAGCCCCGCGCUUCCAUGCACAGGCCAAGGGCAAGAACGUGCGCCUGGACGGCCACUCGCGCCGGGCCACGCGGCGCAACAGCUUCUGCAACGGGGUCACGUUCACGCAGCGGCCCAUCCGGUUGUACGAACAGGUGCGGCUGCGCCUGGUGGCCGUGCGCCCAGGCUGGAGCGGGGCGCUGCGCUUCGGCUUCACGGUGCACGACCCGUCGCUCAUGAGCCCGCAGGACAUCCCCAAGUACGCCUGCCCAGACCUCGUCACGCGGCCCGGCUACUGGGCCAAGGCACUGCCUGAGAACCUGGCGCUGCGCGACACCGUGCUGGCCUACUGGGUGGACCGACACGGCCGAGUCUUCUACAGCGUCAACGACGGCGAGCCCGUGCUCUUCCACUGCGGCGUGGCCGUGGGCGGCCCACUCUGGGCGCUGAUCGACGUUUAUGGCAUCACCGACGAGGUGCAGCUGCUCGAGAGCGCAUUCGCCGACACACUGCCGCCCGCGCGCAUCAGCCAGGCCCGCUUCAGUGCCUGCCCGCCGCCCGGCAGUCUCGACGCCGCCAACUUCGACAACAACGAGCUGGAGAACAACCAGGUGGUGGCCAAGCUGGGCCACCUGGCACUGGCCCGCGCCCCGGGCCCUCCACCCGCCGACAACGUGGUCUCCGCCAUCCCGUGCGGCCCCCGCGAGCGCCAGCGCCCCGCGUCCUCGCCUGCGCUGCUCGAGGCCGACCUGCGCUUCCACGUGAUGCGCGGGCCCGACGUGUGCCUGUCCACUGACCGCAAGGUGGCCUGCGCGCCGCGACCCGACGGCGGCCGCACGCUCGUCUUCUCGGAGCGCCCGCUGCGGCCCGGGGAGAGCCUCUUCGUGGAGGUGGGCCGCCCGGGGCUGCAGGCGCCCGGCACGCUGGCCUUCGGCAUCACGUCGUGCGACCCGGGCGGGCUCCGGCCCACCGAGCUGCCUGCCGACCCCGACUCGCUGCUCGACCGCAAGGAGUACUGGGUGGUGGCGCGCGCCGGACCGGUGACCAGCGGCGGCGACUCGCUCAGCUUCACGCUACGGCCUGGUGGCGACGUGCACCUGGGUGUCAACGGGCGCCCACGAGGCCGCCUGAUGUGCGUGGACACCACGCAGGCACUCUGGGCCUUCUUCGCCGUGCGCGGGGGUGCCGCCGGCCAGCUGCGCCUCCUCGGUGAGUGCCCGGACCUCGCUGCAGCCCAGACAGCGGUUCCCAAACGUACCCUGCAGUCUGGCCCUGCCAUCCCGUCGCCGUCGGGGUCCCUCAGCGGCUCGCAGGACGACAGCGAUUCCGACAUGGCCUUCAGUGUCAACCAGUCCUCCUCGGCAUCCGAGUCAUCCCUGGUGACAGCCCCCAGCUCCCCGCUGAGCCCCCCGGUCUCCCCCGUGUUCCCCCCACCGGAGCCGGCGGGCAGCAAGAACGGCGAGUGCACGGUGUGCUUCGACGGCGAGGUGGACACGGUCAUCUACACGUGCGGACACAUGUGCCUGUGCCACAGCUGCGGCCUGCGGCUCCGGAGGCAGCCCCGGGCUUGCUGCCCCAUCUGCCGGCGGCCCAUCAAAGACGUCAUUAAGAUCUACAGGCCGUAGCCCGGCCCUCGCACGGGCCUCGGCCGGAGCAAGGUCACCUACGGAAGCCCCUCGGGGCCCGGCAACCACCAUGGCCACAAGGGAGUCCAAGGGCAGCGGUCAUCUCGUCUGUCACUCCCCAGUGUUGGGCAAGAGGCAUGACAAUCAUGGAGACAGGGCCCCGGGGGUCUGGGGCCCAGCGAGGGUUGCUUCCAGCUCCAAAGUGCUUUGUCCUCAAGAUGCCACCCCAAGAGCAAACUUGGGAACUGCCUGGCAGACCGCCCAUCUCUCUGGUGACCUCCCGGCUGGGGAACAGUGUCCUCUGCGCAGUGCUUUUUGCUGGGGGGCCCGUGGAGUGGUGCGUGGUGCUGUGUGUGUCCGAGGAGGGGGAGGGGAGGGAGGGCGGCCGAGGAGGGAGAGGGCAUGUGUGUGGGAAGGAGAGAGGGGGCGCAUAGGUAUUUCCCCGGGGGUCCUGGCCCCGGGAGUUUAUGUAACACUAAGGAGUGUGCCGUCCGGAGGUCGGACACCAGCGGGACUAGGAGUUGUUCACUUUCUGGGGCUGCAACGUCAGCUGGUCUUGAGCGGACACAGGCUGCCCCAGAGCAGAACUCCCUGGGAUGGUAUGGAAAAGGGACGCUCAGAUUUUCUAAGAGGAGGAAAACACAGCUCACUGUUUACCGCUCCGGCGGGGCAAUUCCUCGGGGGGUUAGGUGGGCGGAGAACAUAAAAAGAACAAUUUGCUUGUUUGGUUUCCCGGAGAGGCGGAGAGGCGGUUGGAUGGGUGCUGCAGGGGAGCUCUGGGCAGGGCGACCCCCAGAAGCCUUUCCACCCCACCCCCACCCCCAGACAGCCUAAUGAUAAGCACACUGCACUUGACCCUGUGCCCUAGAUGCUUUGGGUCUGCAAUGGCCCGCCAUGUCCAAGGAGAAGACGAGCAACAGGUCUAUCUUUUCCUGGGGGGGGGAGGGGAGGGAAAGAAACCCAGAGGUAGGGACUCACCUGGAGCUGGAGAGGCCACUGCAGGGCACGGCCAGCUCCCCACCCUUCUGUUGUGACCCCGUGCCUGCGGGCAUCACCGGGGCAACCUGCUGGCAAAGCAGGAGGAACCAGGCUUUGCAACGGUCUUCGUUCUUAGCUUAUCCUCCCCUGCUGAUCACUAAGGUGUUCACUGGUCCUUGGGAUGUUAACUAGUAACUGAGAUUUUAACUGAGAAUCCUGACCUUGGCAUCUGUCCCCCUACCCAGGGCUAUUUGCUAGGCAUUUCCUGGGCCCCUAGCCCUGCCCUCGCCGCCUCCUUCCUUCUUGCCCCCCAGUUCUGGGCCCCAUACCUCCACCCUGUCCUGGGCUGGGCCUUUGGGCAAGUCCCCAGUCUGACCCAAAGGAAGCCUGGCACCUGCCCACUCCGGAGCCCUUGGGAGGACCAGCACAAAGUUCUGAGGGUCUGAGACCCUUGCAAAGAGCAGGUGGUGUUUUCAUUAGAAUUCCUAACCUGUCGUUCACCUGCUGAGGGAGGCAGGAGAAGGGGGAUGUUCAGAGCUCAGGCCCUCACGUUUGCUGGGUGUCUGGGGGCUCAGAGCCCAGCCGGGCCGCACCCUCGGCAGGUCCCUCGAGGCCAGUGGGCCGUGCCCUGGUGCUGGCGCUCCAGCCUGCUUCUCUGUCUGGGAGUGGCCACAGUGUUCUGAUGCCAACGGCAGAAGUCCUGCUUUUUCCCCUGCAAGAACCCCUGGUUGGUCCUUUCUGCCCCAGGGAAUUUGGGAAACACGCCCCCAUUUUAAUUUUUGCAACAGAAUCUUUGGGGGGGAGCUGCCAAAAUGAGAGUGUGAGAAUCCAGAUGACAUUUGAGGCCCUGCUGAGCCUACUCAGCUGGAGCUUUCUGGAGCCUUCCGCUGCCCCCGUGUGCUGGCUGUGGGCAAAGGCCCUGUGUGGGAGGACUGUCCCCCUGUCCCCCCAGGACUGUAGUUCUCCAGGCAGCAGGCCCCCUGACCUGCCAGAGCCACAGUCACGAGCUCCGGUGGUCUCGGCGGCCUGGGGAACCAGCUCCUGUCUCCUGCCACUUGCCCUUCCUGACCCCUCCCCGACUCGGGUUCCAGCCAGGAUCACAUACAGACACCACCAGGAAACCAGCAACCAAGGGCCUGGGCCCAGGGUGGGUCAGGCUGCGUCCCUGGCAACCUGUCACCUGGGUGAAAGGAGUGAGCAGCCUGUUUGACUUGCUCUGCAGUUGCUAUAAAUAGUUUCCUGCCUCCAAGAGGAAUUAAGGGCGUGUUUAUCUCCUAAAAAGCAGGCAUUUCCUGAUGCUCUGAAUUGAUUUCUUCAGCUCUCCAAAAGAGCUGCUCGCUGUGCCCUCAGGCUUUGUCUUGAGUGGGGGGCAAGAGGAGGGAGAGGGACCCUCUGGUCUCUUCUGUGCCUCAGUGCCGGGAGGGGGUGCCACAACACGGCACCCCUGGAGCCCGGGCCCAUUGCCAUCCGGGGUCAUGUCUACAACGAUGACAGCGAGUAUAAGACACAGCAUUUGGGGUACCUCCAAGGAAAAACGCUGCCAGCUGUAACUGUGAGAUGCCACCGCUAUACAGCCCGUCCCCACCAGAGCUGUUGAAAUGUGGCGGGGAGCCCUGUUACUUAGAAUCCAUGAAACAUGGGAUUACCCCCAUUUGGCAGGUACGAAAACUGAGGUCCUGGGAGUGACGUGGAAUCCCAGAGCAGGGCGUGGCGGGGCUGGGAUGCACACCCAGGGGUGGGUGGUGCUGAAUCCCCUCCUCCGGUGCUUGGCCUGGGUUCCAGGAGGGUGGGGCUGCCUGAGUUUUCUUCCUGGAAACUGGUCCCAGUGACACCUAGAGAGUCUGGGCGCCUCUCCUGGGUGGAGAGUCCCAACCCCUGGCUGUGGCCCCCAGGCUACCCACAGUCCAGAAGGACAAGUGUCCUUCCUUUUAGGCUCCUCUGUCUAUUCCUCGUCUUCUCCGCACUAAGCUGAACUGUGUGGGAGCUUGGGUCCAGUCCGGGGCCUCCAUGUGGGGCAGCUUUGAGGAGGGCCAAACGCCUUGUCCCAGCACCUUCCUGGGCCUCAUGACCUCCAGCAGUGGGUUGGAAGAGACCAGAGGAUACCCCUGUGUUGUGGCCUCGGCUGGAGUUUUUUGAAUUGUCAGAGAAACUGGGCUGUUUCUAAGUCAAAAGAAGCCUCUUUUUCUGGUCCACUCCCAGAACUGGGAGUCUUCCAGGACUCAGCUCCCCGGGCCCGCUGCUCCCCACGAACUGCAGCAUCACCUCCCCAGCCAUUCAUCACUCAUGGGGCAGUGUGGUGCGUGUUUGGGCGCAGGGCUGGGGACCGGGACGAAAGAAAAGGCCCGCACGGAGCUCUCACUGCAGAGCAGGAGAUGGACCGAUUUCUUGCAUUUGACUUGAUUCCUCCAGUAUCCGCUCCUGUGCUUGCACGUAAUAGGUACCCAUGAAAGUUUUGCUGAGUAAGUGAGCAGUCAGGUUAUGAGUGUUCAAGGUGUCGAUAAGACAGGUGUAUGUGCACACGGAGUCAUUCAACAAACAUCUGCUGAAUGCCUACUAGGGGUGGGACGCUCGGAGGACAGCGCCCUAGGUCUGAGGCCAGAGGGGGAGACGUUGAGGGGGGAUGAGACAUUGGGGCGGACGUCGCUGGCCAUCCUGUUCCCUUGGGGUCUGUCUUGGCGAGUGCCCGACAGCUGCUCUCUGGACCCAGGGCCUCCUUCCAGCGGCCUCCUCUGCAUUAGGAAUGCCGGGUGCCUCGCAGUUGGUGAGCUGCUGCCAGAUGGCCUGGGCCAGAACCCCCAAAGUCCCCACCUGGGGGAUGACCAUUCUCGGGUUGUGCCAGGGACAUGCGAGGAGACAGCUAUCUGCUCCUCUCAGGCCUUGGGACCGGUUCCUGAAGUCAGUCCCCAAGUUCUGGGAAGACCCCGGGGCAGUUCCAGUUCGGAAGGGGUUGUGCAAAGUCUGGGAGACCCCCUCUCUGCCCCCUUCCUGGCAGAUGGGGCCUCCCAGCUUCUCGGAAUUUCAUUUUCUCACUGUCUUUUCCAAGUCCCUAAUGCAGUGACUUGUACGACAAUCUGUCUGUGCCUUAUGAAAGUGUCUGUGCACUUUUUAUCCUUUUUAAAAGCGACUUUCAAAAGCGGGCAGGGGACCGGCAUGCACUGUAGUGUUCUAGAAACCUUCAGUGGUAGCCGCUGAAAUCCCUCCGCACUGGGUUUCCGAGGGCGGAGCGUCCUGUCCCCCGCACACCCCACUACCUGUGUGCAGAGCUUUUAAAAAAAAUGUCUCCUGCUCUUCUGGUCCAUAUUUUUCUGAUUCAAUACUGUGACCUCUCCAAUACAGUCUGACCUUUGGGGAACUGUAACCAAGGUGUUCAAACUUGGGGCAACGUGGGUUGGGAAGGGUUUGCACUGGUUUCUGUGUGUUGUGCUUUCUGUGUGAGGUGUGUUUGGAUUUUUUUUGGUCUGUUUUUAUCUGUUUUAUAUUAACAGAAGUUUCCUGUUUAAAAAAAAACAAACAAAAAAGAAAAUACAACCUGGCUGGUUAAAAAAGAAA